GACAUUAAAAGAGAUUAUCUUCUUGUCGGGUUACACGGGAUACGCGGACUGCAUGGUGACACUAAGCACAAGGCAGGACGACUAUGAUACUGGUUCUACUAGUCGUGCUGAGAUGAGUGAGACGAGACACGUCGAUUGUGAUACAAUAAUACGAGAUUUCAAUUUUAUUGGUGAUGCCUCUGGUGAAUCAAAUGUGAUACGUGGUUCGGCUUUCGGAACACAUCAGAAAUCAGGAUUGCAGUUGCUGCUGUUGAAUUAUUAA